AUGGAUUCAUCCUACUUGAGGGGUCUAAGAGUCGCUCUCAAAGCAUCUGAGGCACCACUGAAGGUGACGCUUUCUAAAAAGCACAAAUUUAAAACUAAAAAUAAGAGCAAAGGCGGUGGAGUGCGAAGUAGGGAACAUGCUCAUGAAGGCGGAGACAUAUUAACUUCAGAAAUCCGGGCAUCUAUAUUCCGAUUCCUGAAUGAAAAGUUGUACAAGUGUUCAAGCGAGGAUGCUUCACGAUAUUUUUCGGAGAACCCAUCUGCUUUUAAGUUAUAUCAUGAGGGUUUUCAAAAUCAGCUGCAAAAAUGGCCAUACGAUCCUUUAACAUGGGCUGAAGAAGUUAUCAGGAAUGGUUUUAAGAAAAAACCAGUUGUUGCGGAUAUGGGUUGUGGCGAUGCGCGACUCGCAUUGCGCUUGGGAAAAGUAGCCACCGUCCAUUCUUUUGAUUUGGUUGCUGUGAAUGAAAGAGUUACUGCCUGCGACAUGGCUCAUACACCUCUGGCUCACUCUUCGGUAGAUGUUGUUCUCUUUUGUCUUGCGCUAAUGGGAACAAACUGUCGCGAUUUCUUAUACGAGGCAAAUCGGCUAUUAAAGAUGGGUCGGACUCUUCUAAUAGUGGAAGUUGCUAGCCGCUUUGGCUUAUCAUUUAAAAAAUUCCUCAGGCUUCUUAAGCCCUUUGGCUUCGAAAUAACGCAAUGGGAGAUCACAAAGGACACAUAUUUUGCCCAUGGUCGAUUGUCUAAGGUGAAGGAUAUAUCAAAUCUGGUUGUGUCUAGUCUGCCGAAUGUCACCAUCAAUCCGUGUUUGUACAAAAAGCGAUGA